AUGGAGAGAAGACUUGAUUGCAUUCCUGGUGAUUGUCUGGCAAAGAGUGAUGAGUGGACUACUGGUCUGAAGGGCACGUAUUCACGCAAUGGUUAUAUCUAUGCAUCGAUCGCUGGAACCGUUAAGAUUGUGCACAACGAUGACAACACUAAGACACUGGAAGUGCUGAGAGUGGACCGCAACAGACAUUUAGUGCCACAAAUGGACUCAAUAGUGACGUGUCGGGUGCUGUCAAUGACAGAAAGUGUGGUGAAAGUGAGCAUUCAUUGCAUCGAAGGACAGGUCUUGAAACAGCCGUUUAGAGCUUUGUUGAAGAAGGAGAACAUCAGAGGAAUGGAGACCGAGAAGACACAGAUCUGUAAUUCAUUUAGACCUUCAGACAUAAUACUGGCAAAAGUGAUUGGUUUUGGGGAGAAUAACAGCUAUUUGUUGAGUACCGCUCAAAACGAGUUGGGAGUUGUGGUCGCACUCAACCAUUCAGGAAUACCAAUGAAACCCAUGAGUUGGACAGAGAUGUCGUGUCCGAUCACAUACGCUCGCGAACAACGAAAAGUGGCCCAAUUGGCCAACCCUUCGGACACUGAACACAUUGAAUGACAUACGAGUCAAUAGUUAUAGAAAAUACUAUUUUUACACAAUAUAUUCAUUUCAAUUGAGAGAAAGCAUCGUUUAAA